GAGGCGGUCGGGCGGAGGUGGUGGCGACGACGACCGGUCCUGAGACAGCGACGCAGCGAGCCGGCGGCCACGACAGGGCCGGCCAGGCUCCGCAGCCCGCUGCAGCCGCCGCCUCGCCGUGAGGGCCCGAGAGCGCGGCGGCGGGCGCGCGGCCUGUGAAGGCGGCCGGAGCGGCGGGCGCGGCGCGGCGCGACGCCGAGCGUCCUGUCAGGCGGCGGAGGGCGCCGCGGACCCGCGCCGCGAUGAUGCCGAUGAUAUUAACCGUGUUCUUGAGCAACAAUGAACAGAUUUUAACAGAAGUUCCCAUAACACCAGAAACGACAUGUCGGGAUGUUGUAGAAUUUUGCAAGGAACCUGGAGAAGGCAGUUGCCAUUUAGCUGAAGUGUGGAGAGGAAAUGAGCGUCCCAUACCCUUUGAUUAUAUGAUGUAUGAACAUCUUCAGAAGUGGGGGCCACGAAGGGAAGAAGUGAAAUUUUUUCUUCGACAUGAAGAUUCCCCAACCGAGAGCAGUGAACAAGGUGGCCAUCAGACCCAAGAGCAAAGAACUCAGAGAAAUGUAAUAAAUGUACCUGGAGAAAAACGCACUGAAAAUGGGAUUGGAAAUCCACGUGUCGAACUUACCCUCUCAGAACUCCAAGAUAUGGCAGCUAGGCAACAACAGCAAAUUGAAAACCAGCAGCAAAUGUUGGUUGCCAAGGAACAGCGUUUACAUUUUCUAAAGCAACAGGAGCGCCGUCAGCAGCAGUCUAUUUCUGAAAAUGAAAAGCUUCAGAAAUUGAAAGAAAGAGUUGAAGCCCAGGAAAAUAAACUGAAGAAGAUCCGUGCCAUGAGAGGACAAGUAGACUACAGCAAAAUCAUGAAUGGCAAUCUGUCUGCCGAAAUAGAAAGGUUCAGUGCCAUGUUCCAGGAAAAGAAGCAAGAAGUACAGACUGCAAUUUUAAGAGUUGAUCAGCUCAGUCAGCAACUGGAAGAUUUAAAGAAGGGAAAACUGAAUGGGUUCCAGUCUUACAAUGGCAAGCUGACAGGACCAGCAGCAGUGGAGCUGAAAAGACUGUACCAAGAGCUACAGAUUCGUAAUCAGCUCAACCAGGAGCAGAAUUCAAAGCUCCAGCAGCAGAAGGAGCUCUUGAAUAAGCGCAACAUGGAGGUGGCCGUGAUGGACAAGCGGAUCAGUGAACUGCGUGAACGUCUUUAUGGGAAAAAAAUUCAGCUGAGCCGUGUGAAUGGCACGUCGUCGCCACAGUCACCCCUGAGCACGCCUGGCAGGGUCGCUGCGGUGGGGCCUUACAUCCAGGUUCCCAGCACCGACAGCUAUCCUGCCCCCGGAGACCCCAUAAAGCCCCAGUCUCUCACUAUCGCCUCAAGUGCUGCCCACGGAAGAUCCAAAUCCGCCAAUGAUGGAAACUGGCCAACAUUAAAACAAAAUUCUAGCUCUUUGGUGAAACCGACGCAGAUCGCCAGUGUGGACUGGAAGGACACGAACGUGGAGGGGCCGCUCAAGCAGGGGGCCGUCUCGAGCCAGCCUACGCCCUUGUCAGCCUUGGGAGCCCCGGAGAAGCUGGGCAUCGAGAUUGGUAAAGUGCCACCUCCCAUCCCUGGUGUCGGCAAGCAGCUGCCCCCAAGCUAUGGGACGUACCCAAGCCCUGCGCCCGCGGGCCCAGGCUCGACAAACUCCCUGGAGAGGAGGAAGGAGGGCAGCUUGCCCAGGCCCAGCGCAGGCCUGCCCAGUCGGCAGAAACCUGCACCGCUGCCCCCUGCGGCUGGCCCCCACCAGCCAGGGUCCUCCCAGCAGAUUCAGCAGAGGAUUUCUGUGCCACCAAGUCCCACGUACCCACCGGCGGGGCUGCCUGCCUUUCCAGCUGGCGACGGCAAACCUGAACUCCCACUGACUGUGGCCAUUAGGCCCUUUCUGGCUGAUAAAGGGUCAAGGCCACAAUCCCCCAGGAAAGGACCACAGACAGUGAAUUCAAGUUCCAUAUACUCCAUGUACCUCCAGCAAGCCACGCCACCUAAGAAGUACCAGCCAGCGGCACACAGCACCUUAAAUAAGUCGGUUAAAGCAGUGUACGGUAAACCCGUUCUGCCCUCCGGCUCCACAUCCCCGUCGCCGCUACCGUUUCUUCAUGGGUCGCUGGCCACAAGCGCCUCGCAUCCCCUGCCGCCUUCAGAAAGUGCUGAGAAGGAGCCAGAGCAGGACAGCCCUGCCGCCCCCGGAGACGGGGCCGCCGUGGAGAGCCUGCCGCGGCCGCUCAGCCCCACCAAGCUCACACCCAUUGUGCACUCGCCGUUGCGCUACCAGAGCGAUGCUGACCUGGAGGCCCUGCGCAGGAAGCUGGCCAACGCGCCCCGGCCCCUGAAGAAGCGCGGCUCCAUCACGGAGCCAGAGGGCCCCGGCGGGCCCAACAUCCAGAAGCUGCUGUAUCAGCGCUUCAACACCCUGGCUGGGGGCAUGGAGGGCACCCCCUUCUACCAGCCCAGCCCCUCGCGGGACUUCCUGGGCUCCUUAGCCGAUGUGGACAAUGGGAACACUGCUGCCAACGGGAACCUGGGCGAGGCCGGCCCCACCCUGCCCACGGCCCCGCUCCCGGCCGAGCCUGCCCCCACCUCGGAUGCCAAUGACAACCGGCUCCCUUCCCCCGAACCGGAGGGGCCCAUCUGUCCCCUGAACACCCACCAAACGGCUGAGCCUGCCGAGGACGACAACAACAACGUGGCCGCGGCCCCGCCCACUGAGCCGCCGCUCCCCCCAUCGCUUCCCCCCGCCGCGCCCCCGCCAGCGGCCCCUACGAGCAAACGGACCAACCUGAAGAAGCCCAACUCGGAGAGGACGGGGCACGGGCUGAGGGUCCGCUUCAACCCGCUGGCGCUUCUCCUUGACGCCUCCCUGGAGGGGGAGUUCGACCUGGUGCAGAGGAUCAUCUACGAGGUGGAGGACCCCAGCAAGCCCAACGACGAGGGCAUCACCCCGCUGCACAACGCCGUCUGUGCCGGGCACCACCAGAUUGUGAAGUUCCUGCUGGAUUUCGGGGUCAACGUGAAUGCCGCCGACAGCGACGGCUGGACACCGCUGCACUGCGCUGCUUCCUGCAACAGCGUCCACCUCUGCAAACAGCUGGUGGAGAGCGGCGCCGCCAUCUUUGCCUCCACCAUCAGCGACGUUGAGACUGCUGCGGACAAGUGUGAAGAGGCGGAGGAAGGCUACCCCCAGUGCUCCCAGUUCUUACACGGGGUGCAGGAGAAGUUGGGCGUGAUGAACAAAGGCGUGGUGUACGCUCUGUGGGCUUACGAGGCCCAGAACAGGGACGAGCUGUCCUUCCACGAGGGGGAUGCCCUCACCAUCCUGAGGCGCAAGGACGAAAGCGAGACGGACUGGUGGUGGGCUCGCUUUGGGGACCGGGAGGGCUAUGUGCCCAAAACCCUGCUGGGGUUGUACCCACGGAUCAAACCCCGACAGCGAACACUGGCCUGAACUUCCCUUGGGAGCACCGCAAGGGCUUUCCAGCGACGAGGAGCCACUGAAGAGAUGAUUCUGCCAUUUCCCUGGGAAGCUGAAGCUAGAAAUGGCUUUACUGGUGCUCCCUUUAUCAGACAGCGUCCACAAUGUGAAAGCCCGGCAGGUUCUAGGUGAGGCCCUUUCUCUGGUCUGCCCGCAGCUGGGAGAGAGACAUUCGCCUCCAGGAAGACCGACUUUUGCCAGUUACUGUAAAUCCAAAUAAAUACCCAGCUUUUUAAACAACUGUCCCUGUUGCCAGUAAGAAGCCCUGUAAUUAACCCCUGGUCGGUUGCCAAGGAAGACGAAUGCUGUCACACACUUGGGCCCCAAGGCCGUCGUUCCUCAUUCCCGGUGUCACCCCAGCCCCAACAAUGAAAACUUGCAGCUGCCGUGAGGUGCGUCCCCUCGCUAGAGCCCUGCCCUCCCGUUUACUAGAAAUCACAGAAACCCGGGCACCUUUUUCAUCCUCACCACAUGCGUUUCUUCAUCACCAAACGAGGCCCUGUGUGGAGACUUCUGCCAGCAGUGGUGCCUGGUGUGUGGGCUCCACUUCCUGUUCCAGGCCUCGGUCUAGGUCACCGACAGGCCGUGGAUGCGAGGGACCUUAAAAUCAAGUGACACGUGGUCAGGAGUCUCAGCACAGCACUGCCUUCUCUGCAGCCUUGUGCUGCCCCGGUGUGGUCCCCACCCCUCCCAGCGUGGACGUGCAGCCCACGGGCCAGGAGGCGGUGGACGCAGGGACGCCUGCAAAGUCACGGGGGCAGCUAUGGGGGUGGGAGGGCAGGGGCCCCAGCUCCCCGGUCCCAGCCAUGACACCAUAACCUGCCUGGUUCCAGACUUGAAGCAAGUAAGGCGCUUCCCUGAAGCGUCAACUGUACGUACAGGCUUUUAUAUACCAAAACUAUUUUUUGACUAAACCACUCGAAACUGUCAGAACCACGUUGGAAAUGUUUUUUUCUCUCAUUAAAAUCCAGGCCCUGAGCUUA